AUGUGGAAGCGGGCGGCCGCGACGUCGGCACGGCGCUCGCUCGUGACUCCACUACAUGCGCAUCCCAGUGCAAAUGCUCUGCCUCUUGUUCAUCGUCCACAGACGCGUGUUGUGCAGUCGUUUAUGCGACCUUUUUCCACGUCGUUCUCCUCGACGUCAACGACGCAAAAUGCGCAAAAAGCGGCAGCGGCUCUAGUGGCUGCAAGCGUCGUGUUUAUGUACGUGACGACGGAGCGUCAGAGUGGACAAGAAAAGCAGCAGCGUGAGCUCGAGAUUGAAAAGGAACGAAAACUCAGCAGUCGACUCGCAGCGGAACUCGUAGCGGCUGAAGUUAAUCAGAACAAAUCAGAUUGGAAAGCCACGCUCGAACGUGUCGUGCCGGCCAUUGUGUCGCUUAAACUUAAUUCACCCAAGUUUUUUGACACAGAAUCACCAGGCAAUGGAUCUGCAACGGGAUUUGUAGUGGAUGCAGAGAAGGGGAUUAUUUUAACGAAUCGUCACGUUGUGGGGCCAGGACCUAUUGAUGCAGAGGCUGUUUUUCAGAAUAAUGAGGAAGUGCGAGUGAUUCCUAUUUACCGCGACCCGGUUCAUGAUUUUGGUUUCUUCCAAUUCAAUCCAGCGGAUGUGAAGCAUAUGUCAGUGCCGUCAUUGCAUCUGAAGCCAGAGAAAGCCACCGUUGGAACAGAUAUUCGAGUGGUUGGCAACGACGCCGCGGAAAAGCUUGCGAUUGCAAGUGGCACACUGGCUCGUCUUGAUCGCGACGCGCCAAACUACGGGUAUAACAGCUACAACGACUUCAAUACAUUUUACUACCAAGCUUCGUCAGGAACGACCGGAGGCUCUUCAGGUUCGCCGGUGCUCAAUCACGAUGGUGAUGCGAUUGCUCUUAAUGCCGGUGGCAAGAUUGGCACAGCAGCGUCUUUUUAUCUGCCCUUGGAUCGAGUUAAACGAGCGCUCGAUUUAGUUCGAGAAGGUAAGGACGUACCUCGCGGCACUAUCCAGACUGUUUUCAACUACAAACCCUUCGAUGAGGUGCGCCGACUUGGCGUUGAUCCUGCCACGGAAGCACUUGUCCGUUCUUCGUUUCCACUGGAAACGGGGAUGCUGACAGUAGCAGAAACGAUUCCGGUGGGUCCAUCGAGCAAUAAAUUGCAACCAGGCGACGUGUUGGUACGAGUGAAUGGCGAGUUGAUCACUCGGUUUGUACCGCUGGAGGCAAUUCUCGACGAUAAUGUAGGGAAAGAGGUUGAGCUUCAAGUAGAGCGUUCUGGAGAGCUGGUAACUUGCCAGGUGCAGGUGCAAGAUUUGCACUCGGUUACUCCAUCACGAUUCAUUGAGAUCGGUGGGGCAGUUAUUAACCCUCUUUCAUACCAGCAAGCACGGAACCAUGCGAUGAGUCCUGGAGCGCCGUACGUAGCGGACCCAGGUUAUUUCCUCCAACGUUCGCGCAUUGGUCGUGGUGCGAUUAUUCACUCAGUGAAUGGUAUUAAGACGCCUGAUCUUGAGACGCUGAAGAACUACCUCAAGCAAUGCAAGGACCGUGAUCGCAUUGUGGUCAAAUUCUCGAAGCUGACGGAUAAAUCAGAGAAGGUUGAGGUUGUGCAUGUGGACCGCAGAUGGUUUCCGUUCUGCGAGUACGUGCGCGAUGACAAGCUUGGAACGUGGCAUUGUGAACAUUUUUCACCACCUAGUGAUUGCAGAAGCGCUGGCGCUGAUGAUAAUGACAAGGGAUCAGCCCACAAUGAGCCAAUUGGCUCAACAACAACCUUGCCUGGUAAAAACCCUGUGGAAAACAAGCUUGCACGGUCUUUGGUAACAGUGGAUUUCGACAGACCAUUCAGCGUGAAUAGUUUAUCAACGUCGAAUUACCGUGGUACAGGGCUCGUGAUCGAUGCGAAGAAGGGGCUCGUUGUUGUAGACCGCAACACUGUGACUGACUCAAUGGGCGAUGCCAUGGUGACUUUUGCCAGCACCAUUAUGGUCCCAGCUCACGUGGUAUUCGUCCACCCGGUGCAUAAUUUCGCGAUUGUUCAGUACGAUCCGAAGCUCAUUGGAUCGACACCUAUUGAAAGCUGCCAAGUGGCAUCCAAACCGCUUGUGCCAUCCGAUCCGGUGUGGCUCGUAGGUCUCAUGAGCAGUGUGGGGCGAAGCGGCCACUCUGACCUUGUGUCACGUGAGACGAUCGUUUCUGGUGUUAAGUGGAUUGGAUUGCCAAUACCCAAUCCGCCGCGUUACCAGGAGCAUAACCUAGAAAUGGUAUCUCUGCAGGACGUCGUUGGCACUGAAGGUGGCGUUAUUUGCACCGACACGGGCGAGGUGAGUGCUUUUUGGGCUUCCUUCUCUUUUCAGCAGCAGCGCCGUAACUCAAAGGUGGAAAGCCAAUUCAACCGCGGUAUCCCGAUGGAUCUUAUUAUGGAAAGUGCAGCGCCGCUUAUGUGUGGAGUGACACCCGAGAUCUACGAUCUGGGCGUCGAUUUUGAGCAUUUGAGUUUGGCUAAAGCUCGGGAACUUGGACUCGGACAAGCGCUAGCCGAGCUUUUGGAGAAGGAUGCACCAGAUCGCCGCACCAUCUUGAACGUUGCACGGCGGUGGGGCGGUACAGAGGCACAGGAUGUGCUUAAGAAUGGAGAUAUCUUGGUUGCUGUAGAUGGCAAAAUUGCAACAAGUUUUCGUGAGGUAGAACGUUGCACACAAAAGCCGGAGGUCCAGCUCACGAUCGUGCGCGAUGGUCGCGAGAUGCAUCUGGACGUGAAGACUCUUUUUAUGGAGCGUACGGAGAUUAACCGCAUCGUGUUCUGGCAGGGAUUGUUAUUACAGGCGCCACCAUUAUCCGUCUCGGCACAGCGAAGCAUCUCGUUGGACGAUGGCAUUUACGUGUCUUGUCGGUAUUCAGGCUCCCCAGCUGCUCGUUACGGUCCACCACCCACAAGUCGCAUCAAGGAAAUUGAUGGGAUCGAGAUCAGAAGUAUCGACGAUUUCCUAAGCGUUGUUACUGCGAAAUCUACGAACGACUCGGUGCGCAUCAAGUAUACCGACUUGAGUGGUAAGGAUCGCCUCAGUACGCUGAAGCUAGAGCCUAAAUACUGGCCUACUAGUGAGUUGGUGAACGAGGAUGGCGAAUGGCGUCGGCACCACCACUAG